UGGAUGGAGGAGCCGCCCGGGGGGGGACGCGACUCCCGUCACAGCACCCAGAGCUCCGACAUGCUGGAGGAGCUGCUGCCCGCGGAGGAGAGGGACUUCCAGACCUUUCUGUCUCAGAUCGGCGGGAAAGAGCGGAUCUAUUUGGUGACCGACGCCGGCAGAGCCGAGGCGGAGGACGGAGCCGGCGUAUUGAACGACUUCAUCCGCGACAUGUUUCACGUCACGCCGCCGCCGCUCGCCGCCUCCGGGGCGGAGGAGGUCGGCAGUAACGGGUCGCCGAGACAAGGGGAUCUGGCGGAGAGCCACCCCGACCGGGGCGCAGAGCCUCCCCCGGCGAGGCCCGGGGAAGCGGGGAGGGACCCUGGGUCACGCCCGCAGCCGCCGGACGCUGGGAGGACGGCGACUACCAAGGUGAACGUGUGUGGCCCGCAGAGGACCAUAGACUUUCCCGUCGUGGUGUUCCUCUUCAGGCAGGACUUCCUGACGGGAGCCGCCAACAAGCGGUGUCUGACGGAGAUCCUGAAGGACGUGCGGACGCGCAGCAAGCGCGCCGGCGCGCCGCCCGCACUCAUGGGGUUAAUCCACGCGGCGGCGGAGAGCGACGCGACGCGGCGGUGCGCGCAGCGCCUGGAGGGCCAGAUGCGGGCGGUGUUCCGCAGGCAGCCGCCGGACAGCAUCUGGGUCGGCGUUUUCCUUCCCAAGACGGAGAGCAAGAUCCUGGCCAUCAAGCAAAACGCCUGCAAAGUGUUGCGUUCGUCUCAGACGGCAGAUUAUAGCAGGGAGAUAGGAAACCAGGCUGGCUGGCUGCUGCGAUGUCUCCCCUGGCCUUCCAGAAGAGGGCACAGGGACCCGGCCUGCAGCCCCUCAGCCAGUAUGCAAAGAGGCAGUAAGGAAGAAGGGAUUCCUCUGAAAAGCAGCACUCUGUCGUCCGGGCCCCACACGGAAGCGGGGUCAGCAGCCGCCGAGGGGGACAGUUAACGUUCAGAUGCAGGACUCUCAGCCACAACGUCCAUCACUGAACAAUGUCCUCCUUUAAGUUACAAUGCUGCAGACGCCCUCCCUGGUGCCUUCCAUCGUCGGCCGGCGUGUUGGAGACCAUCGUCGGGAACAUCCAAACCAUGAAUGCUUUUGUAGUUGAAGGAGAGGAGGAGGUCGGAAGCACCCUGAAUGCAGAUUGUGAACUCGUAGUUCGGUAUCAAGAGGGUCCCCAGAAAUAAGAGAGAUAGUGUCAUGGAAACAGCGGAGGAGCGGACAGAGCAGCCUAGAGGUCUGUCGAGACACAGCACAGAGACGGUAUGGUGCAAUACUACCAUGUACAAAUGACAGGGACGGGGCAGUGCAUCACAGAACCCCAAUUCACACUGUAAAAUAACCAGAGGGCACAAACCACAUCUUGCAUUCGACUCCACGUCUCAGCCGGCCUGGCAGCGUCGGUGUUUGUUUGGCGUUCCUGCCUGCAUUGAUUAAAUAACAAACCUACAUAUUCAGCGAUGUAUACAAAUGGUAUUUAUUCAGAAGUUAAGUGAAGGAGGGCAUCCGCGUAGUUAGUGGUCUGUUCUGUUGCCUGCCACCAUGGGGAUCGGCAGUUUGAAUCCCCAUGUUACCUCCUGCUUAGUCGGGCGUCCCCACAGACACAAUUGGCCGUGUCUUCGGGUGGGAAGCCGGAUGUGGGUAUGUGUCCUGGUCGCUGCACUAGUGCUUCCUCAGGUCGGUCGGGGCGCCUGUUCGGGGGGGGGGGCAACUGGGGGGAAUAGCGUGAUCCUCCCACUCGCUACGUCCCCCUGGUGAAACUCCUCACUGUCAGGUGAAAAGAAGCGGCUGGCGACUCCGCAUGUAUGGGAGGAGGCAUGUGGUAGUCUGCAGCCCUCCCCGGAUCGGCAGAGGGGGUGGAGCAGCAACCAGAUGGCUCAGAAUAGUGGGGUAAUUGGCCGGGUACAAUUGGGGAGAGAAAAAAAAGGGGGGGGGGGGAUCCACAAAAAAAAAAGAAAAGAAAAAGUUUUUCAGAAUUUGUUUACUUGGACUUACGUAGCCCGUAGCAUCUCUGUUUAGUUUCCCGCAUGGAAAACCAGCUGGAGGAGUCCAACCUGGUUUGUAGAGAGAGCCAGCAGACGAAUGUGACAAGGCCUGUUUUUUAAUUUACCAAGGGAUAAUGUUAACACCAGAAUUUUGGAUUUGGUCAAAUAUUUCAUGGGAUUUGGACAAUUUGGACACCACAGUAGAACAAGCCGGAUGCACAUGACUCGACUGUAGGGGGAGAUAGUGCUGAGGGUAAACAUCCACUUAGCCUCUGCUGUCAGUAAUGUGCCUGCCUGUUUGGGGGGGCUCAACUGUGACAAAAUGUGAGGUCAGGGGUCAGAAUGUCCCGUUUCCAUGACGUCAGCUGCUAGUAGAGGAGCUGAAUCCUGUCUGCUGAUGCUGCGUUUCUUUUUCGAAGUGCAUAUUCUGAAAGUCUUGACCCACUUUGAGGCGGGGACGUGAGAGUGGUAUGGCACUUACCUCAUGCAGUGGCGGAAAAUAGAAAAUAAGUUGCAUUAUUUGGUCUGUUUUGGGUUCUGUGAUUCUUUCACGUUGUGCUGGGCGGGGGAACAAAGAGCAAUGCCCUCACGGCUGAUGCCGUCAGGCGGCAGCAGCCGGUACAUAGUGCCUGGCUCAUUUGAAUGGUUACCGUCGGUCAGCGUUUUGCCAGGAAAAAUGACAGGGUGCAUCGUGUUUUCCAUCUUCAUCAUAGCAGCCAGGUGAGGAGGAAGAAGGCAGGUAGUGUUGAGUUUGAAGAAGUGAAGGUGUUGUGUCCAACCAGCAGAUAUGACGGAACAAGCUGGGGGAAGACCUUCACCAACACACAGUACUGCAUCAACAAGUAAAACUCAGGUUCUACCAGGUUUCGUCCCUGACACAACAGCCCUGCUGACUCUCAGUCAUUUGGAAUGGAGCUCAGCCCACACUCACCAGGUUCACCUUAGCUGUCAGUAAUUUCAACAAACAAUGAUUAUCUUUAGAUUUGUAGCUUUAAGUCGAUGCAAAAACUUGGCCUUAAACAACACGAGGUGCUCAAGACUCUCCUAUCUUCUUUCUUUCCCGUCACUUACAUGGUACAUCGUACAUCUUAGUACAGUGUGGUCGCCGUUCGGUCACGACACAGUCAAUAGAGUCUGUUGUUCUGUUUGCAAACAGACACGUUGGGUGAUGUAGUACACAGCUUCAGCUUGGCUUCCCAGUAUAUAUGUACUUAUGAAAAAGGUUUGGGGGGUGGAGAGUGAGGUGGUUUCUCUCUUAGGUCAGGCGUGAGCUGCUUUGACUUCAACAGGUGUUGGUGUUUUUUUUAGCUUCUUCCCACUGACGUCAGACUACCUUUUUGGUGCUACAUCAGCGACUGUGCAGCAAAUGUGAAAGUUUCCCCUGUAGGGGCAGCAGUGAAAGCGGGUUUGCUGAAGUUAUCUGAGCCAGUGUUUGAGUCAGGUCCAGUAUUGACGGGUAUUGCAGGGUUUCAUCUGGUAGAAGUCAUGCAGACAUGUCUACAGUUCAAAAAUGUGAUCAUAGUUUAAAUAUUCUUAAAAAUGUUAUACGACCAAUCAGAGAGGAACUUAUGUAAGAAAGGUUUAUAUAGAGCAGGUUCGGGUGGCGUAAAGGUCCUGUAAUUGUUUGUCUUUGUCAUUAAUUGUCAAAGUAUAAUGUAAUGCACAUUUACACUGCAUUUGCUCAAAGUGUUUGUUGACAUAGCAAUGCCAGUAGUCUUAUAUUGUCCUGCCCAUCAGCUGAUUGAAGGAUCUGAGUAGGAUGCAGUAAGACUUAAGGUUUUAUUAGAGACGCUGCUAAAUGUGAUGUUUAAGAACGUAGCCUGUGAAUUUUGCUUGUGCCUUAGAUGAACAGUAUUCACAAUUGCACUAAUACACUAACACAAGACAUGUAAUAUUUUGUCUAUUAGUCUUUAAUGAAUCUGUUAGCUGUUUAUUUUGUAAUUAUUUUAAUAUUAUAAAUUUUGAAAUAAAUAUAACAUACCGAAACUUUGUUGUUUGAGUGGGAAGCGUGAUGUAUUAU